GCACAUUAAAAUCACAAUCAAUCCGGCAAUCAAUAUUGUGGACGUGGGAUUACUUUCCUCAUGCAAGUCCUCACUGUCGCAUUCUUUUGUUUCAUCCACUUAAUUAUCCCCAUAGCUUUAAUACACACUUUUGAUACAUUCCCUUCUAAAUUAUGCUCCCCCUAAUUUUUCUUUCUUUCUGAUUUUGUCGUUCAAAACUACCUGCACAUGGCCGACCGCGCCAGGCCGCACCGCCAGCAGCGUACACGUGAGUGCUCGAUUGCCUGGGUAUUGUUGAUGUUGUUGUUCCCCAGACUUAUUUCCAACAUUUUCACUUUACGGAUUGUACAUCAUGGGUAACAAAGAAGGAGAAGAAGAGUCCAAUGUUGCCAAUUUGAGGAAACGACUGUCUCCCGGGACGAUGAACAGAUUGCCUUCCAAGAAACAGAAACUAAAUAAAGCUGAGCUGUAUAAACCUCCCACUAUGACGGAACUAGCUUCUCUAAAAGAGACAGAAAUUUUGUACAACUCCAGCCUUUUCAAAUUACAGAUGGAUGAACUUCGCUUGGAAGUAGAGUUGAAAGAGAAGAAAAGGAAGAAUUUGCUUCCAAUUCUUCGGUCAAUUGAAGAAACCUUGCGCAAACUUCCACCAGUGACUUUCCCAGAUGCCUCAGAACUUGAUGGCUCCCUUCCCAAGAAUGUUCAUUUACCAAUGCGCUGGAAGAAGACUCAACUCAAAGGAGAAAUCAAGUUAUGCAAGCCAUCAGAAGUUAAGAUCAUCGGUAGCUAUCUUCUUGGAACUUGUCUUAAUGAUCCUCUAACUGUUGACAUGGCCAUCCAAAUACCAAUUGAAUGUCUUCAACCUAAGGAUUAUCUCAACUUUCGUUACCACCACAAGAGGGCACUAUACUGCACAUAUCUUGUGAAGCAUCUCAAGAAGAAAAAGGAUCUUGUCAAGAGUGUGACUUACGGUUCAUUUCAGGGGGAUCAUAUGACCCCAGUCAUUCUUCUGAAAUUAGUUGGUAAGAAUGUAACAGUGAGACUGAUUCCAUGCCUACCAGAGACUGGAUUUAAAGAGACCAGAUUUACUCCAUCUAAGAACAACAUCCGGCAGCAAUGGUAUCAGAAAAACUGUGAAGAAGAGACAUUCCUUCCCACCCCAUACUACAAUUGGUCUAUUCUGCGAGACAUGUCCCUGGAGCGUCACCUACACCACCUGUACAACGCGUCCUAUGAUUUCCCAUCAUUCAAGGAUGCCAUUCUACUACUCAAGGUCUGGCUACACCAGAGAGAGCUAGACAAGACUUACGGAGGCUGUAAUGGUUUCCUUCUCUCCAUGCUGGUUGCUCACCUCUUAGAUAAUGGUCAAAUAAACAAAGUCAUGAGUGGACAUCAGGUCAUCAAGAAUGUAUUCCAUUUCAUCGCCACGACUGACUGGUCAUCUAAGGGUAUCACCAUGUGCAAGAGCAAUCCAUCCCAAACAUUACCCGGGCUUGAAGAAUUCCAUCAGCAUUUCCCUGUUGUGUUUGUAGAUCCGUCGGGAUACCUCAAUCUGUGUGCCAACAUGACUAGAACCACUUAUGAACAUCUCAAACAUGAAGCAAAGUUGGGUCUAGGCUUUCUAGAUGACAAGAGAAUAGAUGGUUUUCAGUGUCUCUUCAUGACUUCAGUUCCUUUCAUCAGGAAAUUUGAUCACCUCUUCACUAUUACCAGGUUGAAGCAGUUGAAAAUCUCUGUGAAGAGGUUUGCUCUUGAGAGUCAGUUAAUGGACAGGGGAGACAACUAUCCCCCCAUGGUGCUACCCAAGAUAGAGGAGAUCCUCAGGCAAGCUCUAGGAGACAGGAUAAAGCUGUUAGCAUCUAGUUUGUCUCUUCCUGCUGAGUGGCCUGUGAAUUCUCCACCCCCUACGAUAGAAGAGCAAGGAUCUUUGACCUUUGGCCUCCUACUCAAUAGUGGUCUAUCAUCUAGCGUCCUUGACAAAGGUCCAGCUGCCAACACUGCAGAGGCUAAGGAAUUCAGUGAUUUCUGGGGCAAGAAGUCAGAAUUACGGCGCUUUCAAGAUGGGUCUAUAUGCGAGGCAGUGGUAUGGCCUGGAACAAGUAUUGCUGAGAAGAGAGUAGUUUGUAAUCAUAUUGUCAAACACAUCCUGCACCUCCAUGCAGGCAUCAAACCACAAACAAUCACAUACACUGCAAGCCAACUAGAUCCUAUCCUCCAGCGGCCCAUGCUACAUCCCUCUACAGGUGAUGUGGAACCGGUCUCUGGUACAGGGGAAGAGGAACUACUGGAGAUCAGUGCAGCUUACACCAAACUGAGCAGGCAUCUAAGAGAACUCAAGGACCUUCCUCUUAUGAUCAGCUCCGUUCAAGGAACCUCACCGGCUAUUCGACAUACGGAGGUCUACCCACCUUGUGCAGGAUGGCCAUCAGACAGACUAAGGACUGCUACAAAAUCGGUACCGGUCAAAAUACCCUCACAUGACAAACAAUGUCCAACGUGGAUACCAGCUGUCAGAGUGGUGUGCCACUUAGAGAGUAGUGGCAGGUGGCCAGAUGACCUGGAAGCGAUUCAUCACAUCAAAACAGCUUUCCAUCUCAAGAUGGCUGACAUGCUUCGCAAGCAGUGUCAGUUGGUUACCGUGGCAACUGCUAACCAUAUCCUUGUGAUUGUGGAUGGGUUUGUGUUCGAGGUAGCAGUGGCUCACAGGAGAGAGAUUGUACUCCUCAAGGAGGUGGUUACUAAGGAAGGACUGAGCAUGCUCAGAGAUAAUGAAAGGUCGAAGGUCGUGGAGAAAGGGACUGAACACCUACCCCAUCUCACCAGUCUACUUCAUGGUGUUCACCAGCAUCACAGUGCCUUUGGUCCGACGGUCCGCCUUGCCAAACGAUGGAUAGCGUCGCAUCUCUUAUCUGAUCACAUGACCUCAGAGUGCAUUGAACUCCUGGUAGCCUACCUCUUCUUGCAUCCAGAACCAUUCACAUCCCCAGUGUCACCACAAACAGGUUUCUUACAUUUCUUGAAUCUUGUUUGUCAGCAUGACUGGGAGAGUACACCUCUUAUCGUCAACUUCAACAAUGAUCUCAAAGCUUCAGAUUAUGAAGAGAUUUGUCAGCAGUUCACCAAUAAUCGAGCUCAUCUUCCUGUGAUGUUCCUGGCCACACCCACUGAUAGACAGACAUCUUUAUGGACACAAGAUAAACCAACAUCAAUGAUUUUCCAAAGACUUGUUGAGCUUGCCCGGGAAUCAUUCAAAGUCUUACAUCAGCAGCUGACUGAGCCAUCCACACCCAGUAUUGAUUUCAAGCAAAUCUUCCGACCUCCGCUUGACCCUUAUGACGUGGUCAUCCAUCUACGAGCCAAGCUUCUUCCCAGGAGGCACCAGGCAGUGGAUUCUGACUCAUUAGAAAGUUCAUUGACCCUCAAACCUACCCUUGAGGCCAAGCACAUACCAGUGGUGAACUUUGACCCUGUGCAGUGUUACCUCAAUGAACUUAGAGAAGCCUUUGAGGACGUAGCCUUGUUCUUCCAUGAUACAUACGGAGGUGAUCUCAUUGCGGUAGUAUGGAAUAGACCUGCAUUUAAACCACAACCUUUCAAGCCUCUUCAAGCCCAAGCCAAGAUACCCUCGUCAUCAUCGUCGUCAAAGACGCCCCAAGUCAUCCCCAACAUAGAGGGCAUCCUACAAGAUUUCCAAACCAUGGGACGAGGACUUGUGUCAACCAUCGAGGUCCGCACAGAAAACUGGAACAUUUGAUUACUUCAGUCGCCUUGCAGCUCCCCUUGAUUCUUCCUCCUUUUAAUUAAUGUCUUCCUAAUUAUGUAAGAUUGUGUCUUUCCUCAAUCAGUGUUUUUCUGGGGGAGAGUACUUGGUGGUUUUAUUCAUGGACAUGUCCUCUUCCCUUAAAGAUCUUAUGAGAUCUAAAGGCUCUGUCACCUGUAUUGCGAUAAACAAUGUGAGAUUGUUGGGUGUGUGUAUAUAAAGAGAAUUGAAAAUGGAGAUGAAAAGUCCAUCCCAAAAUAGUCUAAGUCAUAUUUUUCUGGUUUAUUCAUUUGGUUUGUGUUUUUGGAAAAAGGCAAAUCAAAUUUGAACCUGUCUUGUUCUGGUGAGGGAAUUUCAAAAUUUGUGUUUCAGAAGCAAAACUUGAGAAAAGUUAAUGAAUUUGUUGAUUUCUUCUGAAAAUCAGGCAUGUAAUGAUUCAUCAUAUUUGAAUGUGAGUAUUGUUUUCUCACUUUCACCAAGCCUGCCUACAUUGUACUCAGAUCAGCUUUAUAAUCCUGUAAACAAACUUGCUUAUUCUGAAGUACAUCGAUAUUUGUCAAACAUAUGAUUUAUGAAUCAUUAAUUUUUCUGCUCUUGGAAUUAAAGGAAAAUUUGGGGGAGUAAGGAAAAUGUGGAAAUAAACCAUUUAUCAGUGCAUGUUUCAGCAUAUUAAUUCUACAGGAAGGAUGGUGAUCAGAAACACUCAAGGGUGGACCACGUUGAGAAAAGAGGAAACUAUUUAAAGAUGCAAAAGGAUCAUAUGUCAAUGAAUAUUACACAUGAAUGAUUGAUGAUCAGGAUCAUGAUGAGGAUGAUAUGAUCAUUAUGAGGAGGAUGGUUGUGAUUUUGAUGAGGAUGAUAAUGAGAAUGAUGGUCAUAGAUCAUGACCAUGGUGAGGAUGAUCACGAUCAUGAUGAGGAUGAUGAGUAUCAUGAUAUGGAAGAUGGUGCUUAAUUAUCCCUGAUUCCAUUAGGUUCAUUUGAAACCUCUUAAUUCAUAGAUUAGCAUUAAGCAAGUACAAAAUAGUUUUCAAUUUUCUUAAUAGACAUGCACCUGUGAAAUCUGUGUGCCAUCACCACCCUCCAAGGAAAAGAAAGAAUAUAACUAAUAAAUAUGAUGAAGUUGAAUUAAUGUUUAUCACAAUUACAAUUAUUUUAUAAGUGGAAUUUAUCACUGUACAUUUCUAUAAUGUACUUGUUAUGUAUGAAUGUUUGAUUCAUUCCUACCAACCUCUAUCAGCUCACAUGACUUGGUUGUAUUUAGAGUUUUCUCUCUUUUGUAUUUAUAGUCAUAUGUUAAGAUGUACCAAACUCGUCAAUUCAUUUGAAUGAAUAAUGUGUUUGUAUGUACUUUAACAAUGUAUGACGACUUCAGUCAGUGACUUGAUGUUUUAUUUCAAAAUAUAAAUGAAGAAGAUAUAACGUGAAA